AUGGGGCUCAGUGGGGCCACGGGGAUGCCACUGCCCUGUCCCUGCCCCGGAUGCCAGCACCCUGCGGGCUGGCAGCGAAGGAAGCGAUUUCCCAACCGGUACCAGGAUCCCCCCCGGUCACAGCCACCGGGGAGACCGGACGGUCCCCAGGGAGCUCCUCCGGAUGGCUGGGAAGGUGGCAGCGGCAGCGCUCGCACAGCCCCGGCUGACGCUGUCCUCUGCCCGCAGCGCGGCACCGCGGCGGCACCGGCCCGGAUCCUGCUGCUGGCGCUGGCUCUGCUGCCGCCGGGCCCCGCCGCGCCCUGCUCCCCGCAGCCCAACGCCACCCGGUUCGUGUGCACCGAGCCCGCGCUGCGCUCCUUCCCCGCGGGGCUGCCCCGCACCACGCUCGCCAUCUCCGUGGAGUUCACGGCGCUCGCCGCGCUCCCGCCCGCCGCGCUGCUGCCGGUGCCGCGCCUGCAGGAGCUGCACCUCUCCUCCAACCGCCUGGGCUCGCUGCCCGCGGCCCUGCUGCGCCCCGUGCCCGCCCUGCGCCUCCUGGACCUGACCAACAACCUCCUGCGGGACCUCCCCGCCGGCACCUUCAGCAGCAGCCGCCGCCUCCAGCACCUGGUGCUGCGCGGGAACCGGCUGCGGGCGCUGCGCCCCGCAUGGUUCCAGCACCUUCCCCGCUUGCUCUGGCUCGACCUGGGCUCCAACGCGCUGCCGGAGCUGCCGCCGGGGGCUUUCCGCCCGCUGCGCUCCCUGCGGAGCCUGGAUCUGUCCCGCAACCUCCUCGCGGCGCUGCCGCCGGGGGCGCUGGCGGGGCUGGGGGCUCUGGAGCGGCUCGACCUGGAGGGGAACCGGCUGCUGACGCUGCCCCCCGCAGCCUUCGAGCCCGCGCCCGCCCUGCGCCUCCUGUUCCUGCAGGAGAACGAGCUCCGGGAGCUGCCCCCCCGCAUCUUCCUCCCCCUGCGCCAGCUCCGUGUCCUCGACCUGGCGCGGAACCGGCUGCGGGAGCUGGAGCUGCCCCCCCCCGGCCCCGGCCCCGCGCUGGAGCUGGACCUUGCGGGCAACCCCUGGCACUGCGGGUGCGCGCUGCGGGAGCUGCUGCUGAGCGCGGCCCCGCUGCUCAGCGCCGCCGCUGACACCCGCUGCGCCAGCCCCGCGCACCGCCGGGGGCAGGAGGUGGCUGCGCUGAGCGGGGCCGGGGGCUGCGAGCACAGCGGGGCCGGGCAGCAGCCGCCGGGCCCGUAGGUGAGGGCCUUGGUGGCACCGCAGGGACUCGGGGGCGCCACCUCCCUCCCCGCUGCUUUGUCCCCAGCCCAAAGGAGCUCUCCUGGGGAAACUGAGGCAGGGAGCGCCGGGCUGCAGCUGUGCCC